CUCAAACUAACCUCAAACCGAUGCGUGCGCCGUUUAACCUCAAAAGAUGCCGCCAGUCGUUGCUUCCCCGCUAAGCGACGACAGCGACGAGUAGCUCGAGCCCUCGACCUCGGGCCAUCCACGGCCAGCUGAAAACCCUGCGAAGGAUACUCGCGUCGUCCUCACGUCAUCCGGAACGUAAUCCGUCGAAAGUCUCUCCCGGACGCGACGCCUUCCACCGCACAAGUCCCUCGACCAACUGAAAGAAACCGAGCCACAACACAUACAUUCAAACGGCCAAGCGAACGCAGGAGCGAACUCGAGAAAAUAUAACCGAAGAACAUCGCAGGAGCGUCCAACAACGCCCUGUGUGUGUAGGCAGUAGUAGUCGGUGCUUCUUCUGCUAGGCCUGUCAGUUCCAAACAUGACGUCAUGGGAUCAGUUCUGCCGCUGACUUAUUAGAUUUGCGCGCACGGCAGCAUACAGUUUUUUACAACUCAAGUAAUCUAGUUAUGUCACAAGUUACUAUGUCAUCUCCCGGAAUGGAACGCAGUAUUCAUGAGAUGUUGAAGGAUGCCCCAUCGCUCAACGAAAGCGAUGCUGCAGUACACUCUGGAACACCUCCACCACAUGUGCCCAAUAAUAAUAGAUCAAAAGAAAGUCAGCCAGCUACCAGACCAGCAACUAUGAAUUUAAGUCUUGGCACAUAUACGUCUCAAUCGUUAACAACGACUCCAAGUUCCCCUGUACAAAAUGGAGACGCCGCAGCAAUGCGUGCUGCGCAAAGCAAAAUAGAAACAAUAAAGAACUGGAGUAUUUCUACCUACAAGUGCACUAAGCAACGUGUUUACGAAACGUUUGGAAAAACUUCCCGUACCAUAGAUUCUGAGUUGGAAACUCAGAUAGAAUUGCUGCGCGAUACUCAGAAGAAAUACUGCAACCUAUUGAGAUUAUCCAGAGCUCUAGCAUCCCACUUUCACAAUGUAGUUACUACGCAGCACCAGUUGGGUGAAGCAUUUUCAGAACUGGCUCAAAAGUCACCCGAACUGCAAGAAGAAUUUCUAUACAACGCAGAAACACAGAGAAAUUUGACCAAAAAUGGAGAGACACUCCUAGGGGCCUUAAACUUCUUUGUCUCGUCUGUCAACACGCUUUGCAACAAAACAAUCGAGGACACAUUACUUACCGUCCGACAAUACGAAACUGCUAGAAUAGAGUACGACGCGUAUAGAACAGAUCUCGAAGCCUUAGCACAGGCUGCUAAGGCAGAUGGAAAUAAUGUCGCUAGAUUGGAAGAAGCUCAGCAAAGUUACGAGCUGCAUAAACAAAACUUUGAAAAAUUACGUUCGGACGUCUCCAUCAAACUGAAAUUUUUGGACGAAAACAGAAUCAAAGUGAUGCACAAGCAACUCCUCUUAUUUCACAAUGCCGUGUCCGCCUACUUCUCCGGUAACCAGACAGCGCUGGAAGCAACGCUAAAGCAAUUCAACAUCAAGGUGAAGUCGCCAAACUCAUCGUUGCCCUCCUGGCUCGAGCAGUAAUUUGGACAGAGAGAGAUAUUCGAUCGAAUUUAACAUUCCUGAAGACCCCUCAACGAAUCCGUGGAUUUAGAUAAUGCAUAUCUAUAUCGUAAAGGUAGACAGAGGAAGUUCGAAGAAUUUAAUCUUCGCUGAAAAUGAGACAGAUUGACGAGAAGAUAAAAAAAAAAUUUUAAAAGUAAAUGGUUUAUAGGGAAACUCGCUAUUCUUGCACUCGAAUAUGUGGAAAUAUUUGUAGGUAGGAUUUAAAAAAAACAUUGUCUAAAAAUGUACAGCACUCUCAAAAGUUUUACAUUCUAUUCUAACGGUUUUCGGGUAAAGUAAUCGUGCAGUCGUCGAUGUGACGGCAAAAAGUAUAUCAAUUAACGACGAACUAAAAAAAAAAAGCAAUCGACAAAUGCUUGAGAUUCUGAGCAAAUUAUAGUUAGUGGACGUAAAUUUCGGUAUGACGUAUAUAUUUCAUGUGUAACUGUCGAAAACUGCACUUGCUUGCCGGCGAAAAAGUAUAGGUUGAUACUGAAACUUGUGAGCGUUUCUAUACAAAAUGGAGACAAUAAGUUCACAUUGGGGUUCGAUAUUCACUAAAGCCUUUAUUUUCAGUGAAUAGCGAACUUUGAUAGAUUUCGGUUUUCUUAAAUGACAGUCUCCUGUUUCUUCUAUCACACAUUACCGGAAUAUGAUCGAAGCUUGCACUUGAUAUGAUCGAGUUUUGACUGAAGUAUCUUCAGCCGCAAAAAGGUAACAUUCUCAAUCAAUAAUUAGGUAUGAGAACACAACACUAGUCAAGCAGUUCACGACUCUCAUAUAUUGUUUAUAACUGUAAAGUAAUAUCCUAAUAUUGUAAAAAAAAUCAAUUGAGAAAUCGUUUAACCUUAUAGAAUAUGUCUAUAUAUUAUCAAAUUUUAAAAGUAUUUAGGUUUGCCACAUGAACCUACUGAGCUGAGUUAGUGUGAAAAAGUAUUUGUACUUUAGUAUUAUUUGCACGUUUUGAAAAAAAAAGAUUAAAUGAAAAAAUGCGAUUUUCAUAAAUUCUCUGGUCAGUACAGUACUAAGUUCGCUUUAUCAUGUAACGCUAAUUGUAAUUAUUUGCAAUCAUUUAGUAGUAUAAUUUGCAAUUAAUCAUUAUACGAUAUUUAUUGCGCCCAUUUUUUAUUGAUAAAUUAUGUGUAAAAUCACAAUAACAGAUACAUUUCUUAACAAAGAUCUCAUAUAUAAAAGAGUAACAAGGUAUUAUUAUAACAUAAGAGUUUAUUGAAAUUUAAUCAUUAAUAGAUUAGCUAUACUCUUCAGUAUUUUCAACGAACAACUAUAUUUUCGGCUCAUUUUUCUGCUAGGAAAAAACUUGCAAUCGAUGUAUCGACCUGUAAAAUGAAUUAUGCUUCUUUGAAAAGUAUACGUACAUAUAUAUUAGUAUGACAUCUAUUCGACCUAUUUUUAUAUCAAAGCAAAAUCGACAUUAUCAAAAGUAAUGGUUAAAUUUCACAAAACGAACUCUUGCGACUAUAUAAUGUAAAUCGGAAAGACAUUGUAAAGAAAAACCAAUAUGUUCCUUCACGUCUGUGUAGUUUGAAGCUUCGCCUUUGCAUUUGGUUUCGACGAGAGCGAAGUCGAGAUAAUAGACACUCGGAAGUUUGCAGCACCGAAAAAAAAAUGCUUAUCUGCUUUUGAGAGGCACUCGUACACUCACACUCGCCUAUAUACAUACACGAGAUUAUAGGAGAAUGGACUUUGCGCAUAUUAAUGAGACGAGUGAAGUGAAUGCGGAGAGAAGCGAAUUAUUAGAAGUUUGCAUAUACAACUGAAUGUGUUAUAUAUAUAAAUAUAUUGAUCGUCGAAAAAGAGCGAAAACGGAAGUAACGAGUUAUACUAGACGCAAUUACGGAGCGAAUCAUUUAAUACAUAAUAUUAUACAGUUUGUUUUCUUAUUCGUGAGAAACAAAGAAAGAAAGAAAUGUACUGAGCCUGUAUUGAGACUCGUUGAGUUUUUGAUUCAUUAAAAAAAACGAUCAUCAUCGGUUUUUCUAAAAGACUGAUUUUCUUUAAAUACACGCCCCCCGCUCUUUAUUAGCAUUGCUUGUCCGUAGUAUUACUUUUGUUGUAAAUAUCAUACGCAACGUCCGUUUGUAUUCGAUGCAUGUUUUUUUGUGCGUGUUAUAUGAUUUGUAAUUUUUGUAUGAUUUUUAUGUGAGAAGAGAAAAAAAGGCAUUGAAAUAAAACCAGCGACUAAACACACACUGUAUAAGCUUUGUAAAAGUCGCAAACCAAAGUUUUCAGUUGCACACCUAUGUUAUUAUCGCUCAUGACUAUUUAAUCCUACAAAAGCGCGCAUAUGGGCUCGUUAAAAUUCAGUCGUAUACACGCAUAUAACGAUCGUCGCAUAAUGUACGUUUCGGGAGCAGCUAAAAUUUCCUCUCGGCGUCAUGGAGGCUUGCAAUUGCAGGUUCCCUCUCUCUUCGACUCGCUGGAGUAUCGACUGGGCCGCUGCUCCCCUGCGACUGCAGCAGCUCUUGGUGUAAGCUCUAGCGACUUCCCCUCCAGCAGUAGCUCAACAUCGAUCCGCUAUUAAAAAGCCAGUCGGGGUAUGCACACGUACACACCCUCGCAUCAGGUGUGUAGAGAGCACAGCUGUGUCGAUGAAUGGCCGAGUCUACGUCGAGGAAAGCGUUGACGGACGCGGUUAUUGCGGCUUUUUUAUUUUAUUUUUUUUUUUUUUUUUAGAGGGCUGGAGAGCUUUUAUUUUUCGUCGAGGUGACGAACUUUUAGAUGUACGAAAGACUAGGAAGAUUUUUCAUUCGAAAUAUUCAGUUUUACACGUAGAAAAAUCGACAGAGUUAAAUUGUUUGUGAUUACAAAAUUUAUAGUGGAUGUAACGAUACUUUUGUAAUUUGUUACUAUACUUUUUUAGUAAAAUUAAGUUUUGUCCUAAUUUUUCCUAUAAAUUUAUGAGUGCGAUAACGAAAUAUUGUCGUGUCCCUGUACUUUUAGAGUUUGUGGUAAAAUUCUGGAAAUGGUUACCAUAUAUUUUUCUUGGGGUAACAAGGAUAGAGUAUAGGUUGCGGUAUGACAAAAAGAGGGAGAAGACGAUGACUGAGAUUUGUCAAUUGCUCUUUAUUAAUUCAUUAUUAUUAUUUUUUUUUUCACGUACUCUGUGUGCACCGAUUUUUUUCGACGUUUUUCUUUUGCAUCAUUACAUAGUUGGGACUCUUCGAUAACAAUAUAUUUAUAUAACUUAAUUUGUGGUAGCGCACUAUACGUAUAUAUAUAUAUAUAUUCAUCUUCGACACGUCACUCUUUUUAUGAACCGCACUCGCGUAGUGUUUUUUCCUUAAUUUUUCCCCCCUUUUUUCUCGAGCGAUAAUCAUAAUUUUUUAUAUUUAUAUAAUAUAUAUGUAUAUGUACACAUACAUAGUGGAAAAACAUCAAACUCGCUUUUGUUUGUACGCUGCCGUGAGCCUUCGAUUUUCAGACGCGCCUCAGAAUGCAAUAUAUUAAUAAUCGUUCAGUCAUCUCUCCGUGUUUGUGUAUGUUCCUGCAGCAAGUGACUUUUUAAUUUUUAACCCUUACAAUGUUAUCUCGUGUACUUUCGCUAUGUAACCCCGAAUUGAACAGCUUCAUUUUCUUGUAUGUAACGUUGCUCAAACAGACUCCCAUUUAUUGCAUGUAUGUAUGUACGUUCAUUUUGUUUACGAUAAUAAAACACAUCCACUCGCACGCACGACCAAAAAAAAAACAUCCCUAUGCUCUCUCACCUCGCUCGUUUUCCCGUUUUUCG